UGGUUUUGGUUCCGUGGUUAGUUUUACUAACUUGUGGUCCACGGCACCUCAGCACCUUCGCUUCAUCUUCAUAUUACUCAUCCCUAGUCAAAUGAUUAACAAACUAGUCUACCUUCAGAGAUAGAGACUCGAGUCACGGGCACCACUAAUCUCUAAAUAAGACUGUUUCAACUCUAGACCUUUAUACAUCAUAGUCUCUGUCAAUUAAUGUUUAUUUAUUUUCUUAAGCCACUAGCUGCUUUAAAAGCGACAAGGAGCCAACGACAAAACCAAUGAAGCGGAGCCAACGUCGCCGGAACCAAAAUGAAGAUCAACGAACGGAAAGUGAGACUCACGGAGCUGAUUCUGAGGUGUUUAGUGUGUGUACUCGCUCUCGUCGCUGCGAUUCUCAUUGUCACAGAUACUCAAGUCAGAGAGAUCUUCACCAUCCAGAAGAAGGCGAAGUACACCGACAUGAAGGCGCUUGUGUUCUUGGUGGUCGUCAACGGUAUGGCCGCGGCUUAUUCGUUGGUGCAUGCGGUUCGUUGCGUGGUGGGUAUGAUGAAAGGAAGCGUUUUGUUUAGUAAGCCUCUGGCUUGGGCUAUUUUCUCUGGAGAUCAGGCGAUAGCGUACUUGACUGUGGCGGGGCUUGCAGCAGCGGCGCAGUCUGCAGCCUUUGCGAAGCUGGGUCAGCCAGAGCUACAGUGGAUGAAGAUAUGCACAAUGUAUGGGAGGUUCUGUAACCAAGUUGGUGAAGGGAUUGGGGUCGCCUUGCUUGCUAGUAUUGGAAUGGUUAUGGUCUCUUGCAUUUCAGCUUUGGGUCUCUUUCGUUUGUAUGGCGGUAACAAAGCCUGGCAAAGCUCACCAUCACGGUGGUGAAGGCAAAGGAGAAGGCGAAGGCUCAUAGGUCUUGGACUAAUCUUGUUUGUGGAAAUUGUGUUAAAUUAUUUGUGGUGUGUUCUCACUUUCUCUCAAUGUGUAUACCGUCUAUUACUAUUGUCAUGGUCUCAUGCACAAAUAAUCAUCAAAACUGUAGUUUGGUAGCGAGUCUGUAAGUGUGUUAAGUUGUUCAACAAAAAAAAUGAAUGAAAUGGUUUAGUCUA